CACUCUUUCUACAAAUAUACACCUUAAUUAGCUCUUGCAAUUCAUCAAACCAUGGCCUCAAUGAAAACCUUCAUCAUAUCUCUACUUGUUAUUACCUUGGGAAGUAUGAGCAUGAGCCUUGAAGCUCGCAAUCUUUUGCAAACAACCCCUCAACCAAAUUUGCCAAAACCAACAUUAUCACCUUUGCCUUCAAUUCCAACAAUAUUACCACCUUUGCCUUCAAUGCCAACCCUUCCUCAAGGCAAUGUUCCUCCACUGCCUUCUCUUCCUAAGCUCACAAUGCCACCACUUCCUAGCAUUCCUACUAAUCCAACACUGCUAUCACUCAGCUUUCCUCCAUUGCCAUCAACUUCACUUCCAAACCUUCCUACAAUUUCAACCAUUAUCUCCUCCAUUCCAUUCUUCUCUCCACCACCUUCAACCUCUUCCCCUUAAGUUCUUUUUCGUGUGUUCUCAUCUUGUUAUCUAUGCCUACACACUGCAUGGUUUCUCUAUUGCAAAUGACAGAACUGUUGGAGGUUAUGAUGAUAAUAUCAUUGUAUGAAAAACAUCUUUGUAUUUUUCUAUUUUCUAUUUUUAAAUUUGGCAUUAUUGCUUCUACUUUCUCUUAUAUUAUAGUUACUGAAUUACCACUCAUUUGGAUACAAUUAUGAUCUCUUCUUUCUUAUUUUGAAGUCUUUAAUAGGAAAAAAUCUAACUAGCUUCAGUGAGCACCAAAAGGCAACAUAAUGGAACAUUGUAUUUGUAAUACAUGUGAGCAAUAAUAAUGAAAAACAUCAAGAGGUGAAUUAAGAAUGACCAAUAAUCAAUGACUAAACAAGAGAGACCACUGUCCCAUUAAGAAACUUAUUCCACAGGGUAAUACUAUACAACGUUGUAAACAAAAGUGCUUGAAUCUCUAAAUUCCAAAAUUUGAUAAU